AAGCACUUUUACCCUAAAUGGCUGCUCAGACGCCACCAGGGGAAAGCAGUGAGCUGAGCAGGAGCUUUUAGGAGGAUGCUUGAAAAAACAAGUCUUUCAUAAUGUACAAGCACACCACACACAUCUUAGACAUACUGAUGCUGAUGUUGACCCCCUUUUCCCACUUACAACCUCGCAGCUACGAUGAGGACCUUUAGAGACCCAUCUUUAUCUUUUGCUUUGUAAAAGAUUUUCGCAGGUGUAUCAGCAAAGACGCUUCCCUCUCCUCUCUUGGCUUCUUUGUCCCCACACUCUCCCUCUCUCCAGGACGAAAGCGCACGGCACGCUCUUGAGCAGCACAUCAGUGGGAGAGCAGCGCAGCAGGCGGAGACGAAGCUCCACUGACCCGCACAACACGAACCUCCGCGUUCAUCCACACACACAUACACAACAAACCACAGGGCACGAUGUCUUCAUUCAAACACAUUAAUUUCACGGAAACGAUUUUUUCCCCUUUUUCUCCUUACGCUCCGUCCUAGUGCGUCUUGUAGUGGGAACGAGAUGUCCUGGAUUUAUUUUCUCCGGAGAGAGUGAAAGUGGAGGGAAGCGCAGUUCGCUGGAGCCAUGUGGAGGGCGGACACGUCCCUUGAUGGGAGCACCGCGGGCGAAAAGCGACACUGAGAGGGGGACAAUAUUUGCAUCUAUUUUCUGGAGACAAGGAUCCGUCAAUGAGGAUACAAAGAGAGAGGAGAUGGUAGAGAAGUAAGUGCACUUAAAACUAGUUUCAAUUUACCACUCUAUUGAACAAAAAGAUGUCAUGACUUUGCACGACUCCAGUGGUAGGGACCAAAAAAGGGAAAACAUGGGGAUUGUGAGUGGCUGAAGUGAUUCUAGUGACAGUUUCUGGUGACAUAUCCUGCCCUGUCCCUUUUUGAUGUUGCGUCUUAUUGAUAAACUCAUUUUUAAAGGCUAUUCAAUAAAUUUACAGUAUUUUGGCUUGAUUUAAUUGGAACAAAAUAGAAGUGAAAAUAAAAACACUCGUGCAUUACAAGGCCGAUUUUACCAUACAGAUAUAGUAAAACAAACUUAGCUUCGAGGUUUAUUUCUCCUGCUUUCAGCUCACCCUCUGCGCAAAUUGUUUACUGGUAAAUACGAGGACCUCAUGGGGGGUUAUGCAAUUGCAUCUACUGUGCAAGCUGUUUGGCAAAAUGGGACUGUGACAAACAGGGUUUAAAUUUUAAUGAGCUUUCAUUCAGUUGUUAUGUGCAUUUGUGGGACCCAAGAUUACCAUUCUUUUAGUCAUGACUGCUGUGAAUGAACAGAGAAAAAAUGUCUGCUCAGAUUUUCACAUUGAAUGUUUCAUAUCCACAUGUGUACUGAAAAACUCCACAUUUGGAUAUUAUAUCUCAGCACGACAGGAAAGCAAUCUGUUAAAGUUGAAACAGCUGGGUCCUCCUGAUCAAUCUAUUCCCCAUCUACCUCAAAGGAGGAAGCCCUUAAAAUGCACUGAGUUACACAUUUAUGUAAGACUGUUCAGGCAAACAGUGUUUUAAAUGGAAAGUGCUGUACCUGUUGAGAAUGUCUGUGCUGUUUUGCUGGAUCCUUGUUGAAAAAAAAAACAAUACAAAAGUCAACUGGUUUGUGAAGAUAAAGAGGCAGUUUAAUCUGGUUUCCAUAUACACUACUUAAACUACAUGUUUUACAAACAUGAUUCGGAUAUAAAACCAUCUUAAACUGUAAACUGUGGCUACUUCGAUGUAGUUAAUGAAAAAAGACAGGACUGUGAGCUGAACUGCAGUGUUAGCAUUAGCUUAGAGAUAAGCAAUGAAACAUUGGCACAAUAGUUAUCAGGCUGAACUAUACUAUAUCAUUAGCUAAACUGUUUCAUAACAGCACACAGCAACAAAACUUCACUCAGAUAUUAGCUAAGCUAAAAUUAUAAUGAUAGGUAGCCUAUGUAUUUACAAAAGGUGUAGCUUAAGCUGAACAGUAAAUGCUAAAUCAAACCAUUAUAGCUAAACAGAAUAUCCAGGCUAUUAAUCUCUACUGACAGCUAAAUUGCUUAAAAUUAAAAAAAUAAAAUCUAAAAAUCAACACUGUUAGCUCAACUGUGUCUUGCACAAAAGUGAACACAUAGCCUUGAAUUGGACUACAAACUGCAAGGGAGUCUCUUCAGGAGGUUUUUUAGUCUGCUAGAUCUUUCCAGGAACACACUGAAGAUUCCACAGUUACAGUGUAGUGAGCACACAGAAUACUUGUCUGGUAGUCAUUGCUUCCUGUUACCACAGGUGGCCCUAAAACAUAUUUGAGAAGUAUGAGAAGUAAAAUUACUGGACAGGACCUGCGACAGCUGAACAUCUAGAGCUCAAAGAAAAGGAAAAGAUAACCCAUUUUACAGAAAUGAUUGAAUGGAAUCAUAAUUUGCUUGAAUUGAUUUCACUCGUUCUUAGUGAUAACACUUUUUUCACCCAGGACCUUUUUUCAAAUUAUUCAUUUUCAGAACAAUUUUCUUAAGAAAUGCUCAUCCUCUGCUUACAGCUUCUUCAAAGUGACAAUUUAGCACAUUCAAAGACUUAAUCUUGGUUAGUUUUCUUUUGGAAAUUUGUGUGGUACAGUGGACCUUUUUUGGCCUGACACCACAACAUUAGCUGGGAGUAAAAAAUAAGUAAAACUGGAGGCUAACAGGUACUGCCGCCACAUGCUGUGUUAUCUUUUGCCAAUGUUUCAAACAAGUCAAAAACAAUUUUCUGGCUAGUGCUGGUUUUUUUCCUUGUCUUGAGCUAUGCUGGAAAAAAUAAAUAAAUAAAUAAACCUCUUGCUGUUAACUAACUAUGAAAUUGUCCAAGGCUGAAAAGACGUCAUAUGACAUAUUAUCUGCCUAUACGUAUAUCUAACCAAAAUGAUUUUGGUUGUUUUUCUUUUACACAGUGGCCGCACCUGACCUUCUUGACCCCAAGUCUGCCGCCCACAACUCCAAACCUCGUUUGUCCUUCUCGACCAAACCAGUUGUACUUAACACCCCUGAUGACGAUGAGUGUGAUACCAGGACUACAGUCAUGAGGUGGAAAACUGUGUCAGCCAUCUUCUUCUUGGUGGUGCUUUACCUCAUUGUUGGGGCAACAGUAUUCAAAGCACUGGAGCAGCCUCAUGAGACAGAGCAGAAAUCAGCCAUUCUUGAACAAAAAGUGAUUUUCUUGACUAUGCACACGUGUGUGAACUCUUCUGAGCUGGAGAACUUGGUUAAGGUAAGUCGAAGCUUCACAACCAUAUCAAUUAUUCAAAUGUUUUCUCUUCUGCUGGAUCUUCUGCUGACAACUAAAUGCUUUGAAUUAUUUCACACAGAUUUUCUUAAACUGGUUUUUAAUCUUGUACUCAGAGGAGUAAAAGAACAAUACUGUGGUAGACAGUGUUAUCAUUAAAAUGGAAGCUUUGACUUUUUAAUCAAUGAAUUCUGGGGUGUGAUUGUAAUUAUAGGUUUUCAGACUGAUGAUCGUGAGCACUUCAAGAGAUUCUUUUAUGCCAGUGGUGGUUGGAUUUUACUCAUUUAUUCUGUGACCCAUGGAGACUCUGCUUUAUCUUUAAAAUAUAUUAUAUCCCAGAAUUUUGUUAACCUGAAGACUAAUGCUAUGUCUCUGCAUAUUUUGUCUUUUACUUGAACUCUUGUGUCAAUUGUUUGUUUCCUGUUUCCAACCAGCAGUGAGUGUUCUUCUUUUAUCAGUGUCUGCAAUCAGAUUUCGUACUUUAACUUCAGGUUUACUAUUUUAACCAGAGGUUCCCUGAAUCCCACAUUUUGGUCACUAUGGCUGGUCAAACCACAAUCUUAACCAAAAGCCAAACUAGGCUGGUUUUCCCAUGCUUAAAUUGUGGAAUUGCCAAACAUUACCUUCACAAGGCAGUUUGAAUUGAUGAUGUAUUGACUGUGAUUUGUUUAGGGUAUACAAAGCCACUCCCACUACAGUGCAAUACCAAUCUUCCACUCUGUUGUUGUUUUCUUAUUGUUGUAGAGUCAAGAUAUCAAAGCUUAGAGCCAGGCAUACAAACUGCUCCAACACAAAUAUCUAUACAUAUGAAAAAGGCAAGAAAGUAGGAAUAACAUUCAGAAUGAAACCUACCACCCAGACAUGUUGUUGUAACUGCGGUUGCUACUCUUUACUGGUUGCUUCCUGUUCAGGGUAAGAUUCUGUGUUGUAGGUUCUUCUGGGGAACUCACCAUGUUUUGGUGUUUUUCUGCCUAUGCAUACUUCUGCAAUGGUCUGCAGCUUUCCCCCCUUAGACAACAUUCAAGCCACUCAUCUGUGCAGCCCCUCACCAUCACGGCAUCCCACAUAAUAAGUUUAACGACUGAGAGGCACCAGAGUCUUGGCAUAGGCUGAAUUUGUGUCCGUUUUUUCAACUGAAUUCAAAACCUUGCUUAAAAGACAGCUUGGACAUGUUGUAAAACUGGCUAAAAAUAUUGACAUAAAUAGCACUGUCACAUAUGCAGUCUGAAAAGUCUGCCUCUAAAGUUGUUGUUGUUUACACAUGUACCUUAGAGUGUAAGGUUUUCUCUGUAAGAUUGAAAGAGAUAGAGGAACACAUUUGGACAGGGGUCAAGUGUCAAGACAGAGUGACAUAAAAAGGGGAAAACAGAGAGGAAAAGAUUGUAACAAAAAAGAUGAAGAGAAAUAUAUUAAGAAAUACAACUUCACUAAGAGAGGGAAGAAGAGAAGAAAGAGGCAGAGAAAAGAGCAACAGAUGGAGGGAGAGAGAAAACACACAUAAAUCUUGUAUGUGUUUGAAGCUACAAUUAAUAGCUACUCUCAUUUAGGUGUGUUCCAAACUGCAAUUAACAGUUGCCAUGGUGAUAGGGCAACUCCACACUUUGAAGGAACCACCAUCCCAGAAACAACCUGACAGGCUCACCAGCCCACCUGCAACUGCAACCCACAACCGCACAGCGCUGAGACCACAGAGCAAACAACAACACUCCUGCAGGACUGUGGCUAAGCAGUAUUUACCUGUCAAAAAGUGUCAGUUUUCUGAUGCAUAAUGAGUAUUUAAGGGGAGGUAGCCCCACCAUUUAGACUCACAACCUCAUCUCUGUGGCACUGCAGUGCGUACCAACACAGCAAGCCUCCAUCCUGUAACCUUACAGGACCAAUCCAGAACUACACUUUUUGAUACAUAAAGGUAAUUCUAACGGGGCAUUCACGCCAAAUACAAAUAAAAUCAUUUACAAACAUAAAUCACAUGUUAAGUCAGUGCAAAGAUGCAAUUAGAUGGACAUUCCACUCGGGAAACGUGAAUGAAGCAGCAAAUGGCACAAAUUGAGCUGACUAUGUACGUGAGUUGAGCAGAUCAGAAGCACUAAUGAUGUGAAUUUGCAGUGUGUCUGAGGCGCCUCUUGCUACAAACGCUUAUCCACCAGAGUUGGAAAAUCUGAAUUUAAAUGAACGUUCACGCCAUGUUGAAGGGACAUUCCGGCGUAAAAUUAAUUUAGGGUCAAACACACUGUAACACUGAGUUACCCCUAGAGAUGAAUGUUGCCGACCACUUGCUUCUCUAGUUAUACCGACUUUAGUAACGACUGCGUGAUAGCGAUACACAGCGGUCUCAGGAGCCAUAAACAAACCUCAACCAAAACGCCACUGCAGACAGAAGGCAGAACUACCACGUCUGCAGUACAAAAUGAUCAAUAUGGUGAUUAUUACCUUAAGGAUAUGAUAAAGAAAUGAUCUUCUGCCUUAGCGUCUCGGUCUGAUUGCAUUUCUGUGAAGAAAUGAUCAUAAAUGUUCUUCCUUGAGCUGCGUCACCCCGCUGUAGUCCAUAAUGGACUGGCCUUUGGUCUUGCUACAAACAAGUGGCUGCUUGUUUGUAGUGAGAGAGUAGGUGAGUUGUGUUUAGUCUCUUUGCUCAAGAAAUUGGGCAAAGCUUAAAAGAUGUUUGGUGGCUAGUGCUAUGGCUGGUAUCCUAUAUGUACUGUUGAUGAAGUUAGGUGCUGUUCUGAGCAUUAUUUGUGGCUAUAGAGUGGCGUUUUGGUUGAGGUUUGUUUAUGGCUUGCUAUUGUUCAGUUGUUACUUAAGUUGGUAUAUCUAGAGAAGCAAGCGGUCGGCAACAUUCAUCUCUCAAGGGGGUGUCUAACUCGGUGUUACGGUAUGUUUGACUCUAAAUUAAUUUUACGCCGGAUUAUCCCUUUAACCAAUCAGCAUGAAUAUUCCCUGGUGACGUAUGUCAACAACAGACUGACAGAGAUUCUCUCAUGUUGAAAAUGAAGGAUAAACUAAUCAUGAUGGGUAUGCAGCUACCUGAGCUGUUGGGUACGACUUGUCUGUGAUAGCAAGACAGGAGUACUCAACAGUAUCCUCACAAUGAGGUCAACCUCUGUCAUGUUCUAUGUAAACAGUCUGACCUGACAUGCAGGGACCCCACCUCUCUGUCUUUCCUCUCCUUCGAUCACAUGUCUUUGGGCGCUCAGCAGACGUGAUAUCAGCACGCCAGUGGAGUAAUUACCUGUAUUAAUUACCUCUCCACAUUGUCUUAGGAUAUUAUUAGCCAGCAUUUCAUACUGGUCUAAAGCUUUAUUCAAUAUUGCUAGUUUGCAGGAAAUUAGCCUACCUACAAGCACAUGCUGCUCUCUGUUUUCAUUGCCACAGUAAAUUGAUCUACUGUCCCUGAUGCUGUCACUUGUACCUGAUGCUAUCUGUCAUUUCAAAUGUUAUGUGGCAACAAAAGACAGCAGAGAACUGUAUUUUUUUUUUAAGUUGACAGAAUUUAUGGAAUUAAAACAGUAUUCUCUAAAUAUCUGCAUAACUGAGCAGUCUUCAAAUAAAAGGCAUCCACUAAUCUCAUGACUCGACCUUUAUGGAUGAGUGGGUCCCACCAACAACCUAACUUGUCAUGGUUAAUGAAAAGUAUUUCCUCUUGGGGAAUCUAGCCGGUGUAUGGCAGUUGUGGCUGAUGAUUACUUCUCUAAUGUAGUAGAGCUAAAAGGUCUCUAAAUCCCGAGGGGGUGCUGAUUUGUCCAGCCGUGCUAAUUUUGGCUUCUUGCUGAACCAUUUUCCAGAUCUGUCCAGCAUAAAAAGUGCUCCCUAAAGCUCUCUGCAUAAGUAAUAUGUGAGAAAGACCAAAUACCUUUUUCUCAUCUUCGUCAAGUACUUUUGUCACACAUAAUGCUCUCAUGGUAUGAUAGAAAGUGGUCACUAUGGCAAAGCAUCACUAAUUUUAUGACAAGGUGAGAACAUCUUUCAUGAAAAAUGGUAAUUCAUAGAGAACAUGUCAAUUUGGCCUGCAUUUCUGACCACUUUAAAUGAAGUCAAUAUGAUAAUAGAGGAGGAGGGUACAGAGCAGCGCUGUCUCCGCCCACGACUCAGAGGCGAAUUGCUAAUGAGCUACUGGAGCUCUGCAGAAGAAAAGCCCUUAAAAAUGACACAGGUAAUACGAUUUUGUCUCAAAAUUUCAUAAUCACAAUUUAAAUACCACUGAGAAAACUUCUGAGUGGGUCUUAAACUAUUCUUGAAUUAGCUUACUCUUGAACUGCUAUUAUGGUUAAAUAAUAUAAGCAGGUCAUGAAGAAAAAAAAUGUUUUUGAACUCCUGAAAACGUUAUCCAAUGAUAACUGAUUUCAAGUUAAAAACACUAAAGCAAAGGUGCCUCAGGAACUGUCCUCUGUGCUGACAUUCAGUGGCAUUUCCAGGACAGAACUCUGACCAUAUUGAAACUGACCCAAGCAGACUAGGGUUUACUUUUUAAUAAAGUGUUAUGCCCUUAAACUAUACCUGUGAGAGAAGACUGUUACAGGGACAGAGGGGCUGCAAACACAAUGGAAAAUAUUUGGCUUUAAGUUUCUGAGUUACAAUAAUAUCUAUUUGAAUAUCAUUGUGUAGCAGUUGCAUUUUUUUGAUAAAAUCUUGAGUGUAGUGGACUUAGUUUGGCAGCUGUGGCUCAGUGGUAGAGUCUGUAGUUCCCCAGUCAGAAGGUUGGCGGUUUGAUCCCUGGCCCCAAUGUGUCCUUGGGCAAGAUGCUUGACCCGACCCGUUCCUACUGGCUGCACCAGCGUUGUGUGAAUGAGAUUAAUCAAAAACUGAUGAGCCCUAUACAUAGCAGCUCCUGUCAUCAGUGUGUGAUAGGUGUGUGGACGGUUGAAUGUAAUAUGUAAAGUCAAAGUGCUUUGAGUGGUCAGAAAACACAUUGACCUAGUUCUUAAAUUAAGUAGCAGCUUCUUCAGUGACUUUAUGUCAUGAUUUAUAUACAUAUGUAUGUUGACAAGGAAAACUGAACUAUGGCACUAAGUGUGUGAGCCACUGCUGUUUACCUGUUUUAGAUUUUAUUAAUUUAAUUUCUAAAUUUACUGUUGAUUAAUUUGCUAUGGAGAUGCCCUCUGGAGAGGUCAAGCGUAGGGCUCAUAUAUGUUCUACGUUACCUACAGAUCCAGAUCCGGACAAAGCUCCCCAUUCGUGCUUCGCAUUCUUUUUGUCCAUAUUGCAGCUGUCCCUACCCAUCUCUAGAGAAAAACGAAGAAGACAAUGGCAGAGUUUUUUGAGGAUCAUAGUCAAUUUCUCUCAUCGGUACUACUAGAGAAAAGAAUUCUCUGUCCUUCAACCGCUGGGCAUUUGGCGGCCUGGCCAUCCACCACCUCCUCCAACUCUGCCUUCGUUUCUGUCUCCUUUGCAAAAUAUACAUUAUCACAAGCUCCUUCACAGUCGCCAUGUUCCUGUCUGUUUGUUGUUGUCUGAAACUUUUGACUCCGACCUGCCCCCUGGUGGAUGUAAUGGUUAACAUCCAUGCCAACGUAAAGGACGCAUGGAAGUACGUGAGCAUUGACGGAACCGUCGUUUGAAACAGACGCAUACAUUUUAAUACGUAUGGCGAGCAUAAAUCAGCCUUUACUCUUUAGCAUGAAAAAUCAAAGAAGCUGCAAACUUGUUCUCAAGUGACACUUACAGGCUAUUUGAUUGUGCUUGAGGUUGUGUGUACAGUAACAGGUAUUUGUACGAAACUACUACUCCAGCUUGUAACUUCAUUUAUGUUUGGCAAACUGGAACCUUCCCUCUUCUGUUUUAGCCAAAGGACUUUGGUUUUAAUUGUCAACAAACAUGUCUUCUGGGCUGUACUCUCAUAUUUAAAGGUUCACUUGAGUCCUCUAUGUUAGUCAAGCUCAAAAAUAAUUGAUGGGGUCAAAAUGCCUUAAUUAAAUGUUCAUUUUUAAGCAAAGAAUAACUGCCUCUGUCGGAAACCUCUUAUCCCUGAGUCAGUCCUUAAUGCUGGGCCUAAGAAAACAACUGCAGAAUAAAUAUUUUGCUUUGGAUUGUAAGCUCAUAAGUACUAGGCAAAUUUCCCUGGGAGAGGCAUUAAAUGGUACUUUAAUGUUUCUCUAAUGCUAUCCGGGUAAUUAAAAGACCUUUUCUAAAGGACACAUAGCCCAUUACAUUGUCUCUGUGACUUGUAUUUAGACAACAGUCUGGCCAUUCAGCUCUGUCCAUCGGCCAUCACAGUAGCCUCCUGAGUUCAGUAGCCUUUCAAACAACUCUCUCUCUUCUGAUGAUUUAUUGAUAAACAGCUUCAAUACAGGUGUCCCCCACUCACUUUUAAUUAAUUAUGUAUACACACACACACACACACACACUUAUACACACAUACACACUCACCUCUGUAGGCUCUUGCUGAUCAAAAGGCAGUCAGCAGAGGAUGGAGGAGAGAUGUGCUCUCAAAGGGAGUAAUUAAAAAAGUGAGUGAUGUCAGAAAGCUCGAGACAAUUCAAUCUCUUGUGGCUGUUUGGCUCUGCUCGGAGACAGUCAGUGUGGUCUACAAAUGAUCCUGUCUUAUUAUUCCCCAUGGCCAUAGUUAGUAUGCACAUGGCUGAGUGCCAAGACAGCGACUUAGACUGGACGUUUUGGCUGUGAAACAAAGAGACUGAAUGAGCCAAGCUGGUUUGAUUGUUCGAUUUGCUGAUUGUUGGUUUUAAAGCCACAGAGGAAGUGAGGUUUCAGGCUUGAAACAUCCCUUUUGUUCUAUUUGGACAUUAAUGUUUCACUACUUAUUCACUGUUUAUAGUUUUAUGAGUAUGUUUGUUUCCUCAGCAUAUAAUUGAAAAAGAUUUGACCUGGGAUGAUCAUGCUUUGGGGGAUAUUUUAUAUUCUUUUUACCACAUCAAGGUAGCAGAAAUAGCUUUAGAUAUUUCCAAUCCAGUUGACAGUCUAGCUAGCUGGCUGGAUGUGAUCAGUCCUUUGAUCCCUAUGAACAGUUUUAGGUCUCUAAUUUUGCAAAGACUCUUGAUAAAGUUUAACAUCUCAGAAUAUAGUUGAAAAAAUCACAAGUAUCUCUGUGAUAGCUGUUGAAAUGCAUGGAUACAUUAGCCAACAAGAGGCUUAGUUCAAGGCCCCCAGUUAAAUACAAACUGCGUAUUUCCUUUCCUAAUUUAUUAUCAACACUAUUUCUCACACUGUAUGAUGGCAACCUAUGACUUGCAAAAACACACAGCAUGAUUGUAAUUCACAGGAAAGUGAAUGUAUGCGCUGUAAAAAAAUGUGUUUCUGUGUUUUUCAAGGCCACAAACCCCUGAGGUUUUCAUUUUUGCUUUUGUUUAUCUGGUCUUGUGCGGACUAACAGCGCACAGUUCCUUGGAAGCUACAUGACUGCCAUCGGCACAUAUUGCCUGGCUGUUUGACAUGAAAUAUCAUGAUACCUGUGCAGUUCCAGUAUUACAUGUUCCUUCGAUUCCCAGUCUAUUACAUAUUACUUUCACUUUUUUUUAUAGCUGUGGUCUAUAUUGCUUUAUCACACUGAACAGACCCAGGUUAAUGAAAGCUCCUUGUUUCUUCACAGAUGAAGAAUCAUUGCAGAAAAAACCCUGACAUUGCAGUGACCCAAACCUGUGUAUGUGUUUGUGUGUGUUUGUGUAUGUGUAGGCUGUAAAAAAGCUGACUGUGCUGUUUCAGAAUGACUGUAGGGGUUAUUAGGGUGGGUUGUGCAUCAUUUCUGUAGCAUUACUCCUUUAUUUCAAUGGUUUAUCAAUCAAACUUUUCACAAUAGAGAGCAUCAAAAAAUCUACCCUUCCUCUGAAGGAAGUCUAUAUAUUACCUUGCAUGACACAAACAUAUGACCAAAAGGUGUAGCCUGUUGAAGUAUUUUCCUGCAAUUUAUCACCAUCGACCCUUUGCUAGUGCCUGUUCCUCCCUGAGUUCUCUGAGCGGUUGUCUGCAUUUGUCUGGGACAGCAGAUAUUUGUUCAUACAGUGGACCAAGCUAGUUUCUGGAAAAACAGCAGAAACUAGCAAAAUCGUACCAAAAUUAUUGUUAUCUACUAAACUUUAAAUUUUGUAUCAUUUUUACGCCUACAACACGCUUCAUCUAGUAUUACAGUCACACUGAAUCUGGCAGCUGUCUCUCUAAAGUCUGAAGUAAAAGUAGUUUGAUGUUGUACAAAGGAUGACAAAUGGAGACCUCUUACUAUCUACCAGCUGUGAGUGUUGCUAAGAGACACAGCUAGCUAGCUAAGAAAGCUCAUUAGCUUGUCGGUUGAAAAUAACAUUAUGAAAUGUACUUAUAAUACUCAUAACUCUAUUUUGGGUCAGGUUGCUAUUGCUGUAAUCUCUCUAUAGUCUGAAGUAAAAGUACCUUAAUGUUGUACAAAAGAUGAUUAAUGCACACCUCUUGCUAUCUACUGCAGCAGCUGAGAGUGUAGCUAAAAGAUGCAGCUAGAUAGCAAAGAAAGCGCAUUAGCUUGUUGGUUGAAAAUAGCGUUAUGAAAUAAACUUACAAUACUUAUAACCCUAUUUUGUGUCAGGUUACUACUGCUGUAAUCUGUGUAAUCUGAAUGUAUUUUUUAAUCCUUCUAUGUUGAAUUCAAUAGUAACACUCAGUAGAUAAUGUAUAUAAGCCAAUCACACUAACAUUUGCUGCUUUGGGUAAUAUAAACAGGAAACUGACCUAAAUAAGCAAGAAACUGCAGUUUGUUUGUUUUUUUAAUUCAUGAAUUUGCUUCAUUUUUUCCUUUUUUUUAAACCAUACCUUGCUAGGAUUGCUACAUUCCACAAUUGGAUGUCCAUUAUGGCCAAAGUUUUUACAAGGCAAUUUCAAACAACAUAAGUCUGUCCCAUCGACACAUUUAUCUGUCAGGAGUCACAGAACACAGAUUUGAAUCUGUCAUUGUGUGGCUCUCAGCUCCACACUGUUGCUGAGGGAUUUACAGGUGAGAUCAUGGUGUGUAUCCUCUCCAGCUGGUGGCUUCUCUCCUUCCUUGUCUCCUGUCAUUAGAGAACAGCUCUGAGAGGAAAAGCUCGUAUCCUCACUGCUCUGUUGCCAACUGGUGUCUAAAGAUCCUGUCAAACUCAGGUGACACUCUUCAUUCACACCUAGUGCUCCCCCUCAUACUCAAACUCACAGUGUUCUGAGUCAGCCUAAUCCACAGCAUUCUAACUGAGCAGGUAACACAUAGGUACUCCCACUUUAGGGCAACGAAAAAAAAAAUAUGCGUGUCUUGUCAUGAAUAAAAAAGAAUCAUGGCCCUUAACUUAGUAAAGAAGAAAUACUCAGUUUCCUGCUUUUUAAGCUAUGAAACUGAUAUUGUCUGCUGAAAAAUCAAGCAUGGGUUUAAAAAUAUGACUAAAUCUGAUUCUUCCUAAAGUUCAAGUCACUAACAGGGUAAAGGAUUACAAUUUGAAGCUACCCCAGUGUGACAGUUUUAACCUUUUUGCCCUCUUGCUGAGGUUUUGAUGGAGGUCUGGUACUCUCUUUGUUCUUAAUGGAUGGACUAUGGUCCGGGAAAAGCCAGCCUGGCUGAGAAAUCAAAGGUUUGCAGCCAGGUAAAGGUGUCUUCUGUUAUGCCCCUAGGGCAACUACUUUUAGAGACACAGCCUUUUGGGGGAUUUCCCUUGAUGAACUCCAUUCUAUUCAGCCGAGUCAACGUGACCACAGCAGCAUCUAUUUGUUGUCAAAUUUGUUGUCUCCCCCCACCAGCAGCCCAACAGGGGGAGACUUCAUGAGGAUGUGUGAAAAGCACAUUCAAGUAAUCCGGUACCUUUUUGAAAGGUUCAGACUUUAGUACAAAAGACAGGAAAUAAGGCAUGGAGUAGAAGUGUUAUUAUGUCUAAUGGAGAUUGUCCAAGAACGGGAAAUUUUAUAUAUUGUAGAUAAAGUUUUACCUCACUAUUGACAGAGUUUUACAACACAUACUUUCUCUCCAGAGUUGGUGUUGCAGUGGCCCACAGGAUAGCAUACUUCUUUCUCCUUUCCUAUAAGGUUGUAAAAUUCAUAAUAUGCACUCAAACCAGCCUCAUGUACAGCUCCUCAAGUUGUCACUGAUUGUAGUAGAAAAUAAACGAUAAUAUGAUGGUGGAAAUGACAGUUUCAUUCAUGUGUACGAUAUUCAUGACUCAGGUUAUUCAUUGUGUUGAUGUCAUAUGUCCACGGGCCAAAUGACCAAUUAAUGUUAACUACAGAGACAUGCAAAGCACGUAGUUGAUGAUGAUAUCAUUAAAGUCUGUUAGUUUAUUUGCAAUAAUGACAGUGUGAAACCUUAACAGAUCAAACUAGUUUAUCACUGAUUGAAAUGCAAAGAGUAAACUGUUUCCUUUUAGAGUUUUUUAACAAUCCUCCCCAACAAUAAGACAGUCAUACUUCUAUAAAGUACUAUAAUUUAACAAUAAGCCAUUAUAAAACCAGUCAAAUGUUGUUUUUAACCUGCAUAAAGUGAUAUUUCAUCUUAUUAUAAUCUUGUCUUACAUUUACUGCAGUCUUUGGUGUGGACUGAAGAAAUUAAAAAGACAUGAAUUUUUCAUCAGAGUUACAGAAGGGCAGUAACACUGCAUCUGCAGUGUUUGUGUUUCCUUGGUUACCCUGUCUGAAAUUUUGGUGCGCAGUAAAAGCAGUCUGCUGGAUUGUGGAUUUAUGAAAUGCAAUUUCUGCACGUUUUUUCAAAGAUGCUGUGAUGAGCUGGUAUUAAAAUGCAGGACAGCUCAACAUAACACACAGAAUGUAUAACUCUCAAUAAGGACAACAGUCUGUGUUGCCUUGGUGUGUGUUUCAAUCAACAGAACAGAACAGAACAUUGUGAGAAAGUGAAAAUCAUUUGUGAAUACAUGUUGGAAUAGCAUUUAGGCCUGAAUUACAGUAUGUUCUUUUCAACUUUUCAAAACUGUCAGAUCUGAAAAAAUUAGAUUUGUCCCACAAAGCAUAUACAUUAGAAGGCCAUCUAAAACACGAGACAUUGGCUUUCUCAUAACUCUUAAUUCAGUAGGGUUUGGAUGUUCAUCACGGCUCUCAUCUACGCCUUAAGAAAUCUGUUACACUCCACUCAUUUUCUGGUGCUCUUCAGCCCAUCUUAAACCAUAUUCUCGCUGGAACACAGUGCACAUUAUUUAACUGCCAACUCUUUUUUCCUCUCUCACUCUCUCCAUUCCAGCAAGUGGUUUCAGCAGUCCGAGCCGGUGUGAACCCUUCUGGAAAUGUAUCCAACCAGACAAGCCUCUGGGACAUCAGCUCCUCCUUUUUCUUUGCUGGGACUGUUAUUACCACCAUCGGUAAGGAGACAGGUUUCUCACUUUUUAACAAUGAUAGCGAUCCAUGUUAUUUUCUCCUAGGGGUGUUUAAUAAUGCAUUCAAAAUCUGAGAACAUUUCCUCUGUCAGCGAUCAAAAUGGCAUUAUACGACUGGUUCAUUGAUCUUUGAGUCUUUAAUCAAGGCAGCAGAGUCACAAUGCAGUUCUAAUGGCUAUUUUGGCAUGAAGUUACAUUUACUUGCCCAAAAUCUUGCAUUCCUGCCAUGUUGGUUUUCAGACUGUUGGCAAAAAGAAUUGAUAAAAUUUAGUUGGCUUCACUUGUCUGCGCCUGCUUUUACUUUUCUGUCUCCUACUUGGUUUCACACAACAGUCUGUUACAUUUAUCAGCAACAAAACAACCAAUGCUGUGUUUUAAAAAUGAUCCACAGCAACAGAAAACUAAGGCUGUGCUUCAAAUUAACUCAACACGAUGAUGUACCAGAGUCCAGGUACCUGACUCAUAACAAUAGUAGAAUAACAAGCGGGUCCACCACUUUCUCACAUUACUUUGGGAUCUCAGGCAUCUGUUUUGUCGUGCAGUCUGCUUUUUCUUGCUUGGUUAAUGAAUUUCAAAUAGUGGUUCUGGAAAAUCAGUCAGCACUAAGAUUAUUUCCACCAUUUAACCUUUUAAAAAUGCUGCCAAGGUCACUGCCAGCAAAAUAAUAUAUACCCUAUCAACCUGAGAGGUCUUUCAAUUUCAUUUUUCCCUCUCCAUCCCAUACUUGGACUAGGAAUGGGCGAUAUGGGCUACAAAACUUAUCCCAAUAAGUUUUGCCAUUCUGGCAAUAAUGAUAAAAGUCCCGAUGAAAAUGUUACGAUUUCAAUCCAUGUUUUUGACUCAUUCUGUCUAGAGAAACUCACAAACAUUUUUCUUGGAUGGCACUUACUAGUUGGCAUAAUAAGAUGCUUAAGCACGAGUUUAAGUGGUAGGUCAUGGAUAAAACUAGUGAUAUCGAACAAGUCUGAAAUGUGAAAACACUUUCAACAUUUGUUGAAAACUCUUACUGCACGGAAUGAACAGCUGCAGCAGAUCCACUGUCCGAUGUCAGGCAUACCUGAUUCCACAUGUCUAAGCCCCAAUCUUCACCACCUUCGGCCAUGUUUGUUUGUUUUUCUGCUCUGUGUCGGCUACGGCUGUGAGUCCGUCGCUCGUGCUUAUGCCAUCGACUUGCAUUUAUUGCAUUUAUCGUGAGAUGACAAAUAAUUAUCGUGGAGGAUCGUGAAUGAUAAUAAGCUGCCCAUCUCUACUUGCCACUCUCUCAGAUUUUUAACCCUAUCUCUUGCAGUGCUCCUGGUUAGUAAUUUCUCCUGCUAAUCUCUUGAUUUUACAGUGAAGAUAGCAAGUAAGAUUUGUUGUAGUAUCUGGCAACCCUCGCUUGCCUGCUGGUAUAAGGCUAGCUGGAGGUAUAAACCAUGUAGCGUUGAUACUGCCAGAAAUUAAGAAGAAGUCACUCACUGGUAGUUUCAGAGAUGGAGAGUGAAAGAAUUCCUGUGCAUUAUCCAAGACUUGUUUACAGGCUAAAUCUUGGCCUUGUUGAUGUAACCAGUAUUAUUCGUCUUGUAUUUAUGCUAUUUUGAAUGCAUUUUCGUGUUUAGUUACAUGUCUCAUUGGCAGCAGAACUUAAUGGAAUUUGAAGUUUGAAAAUUCAGUGUUCUUCAUGGCAACAGCCACUUAAUCCUUUAGAUGGCGGCACAGUCAGUGGCACACAGUUUUUAAUAUGAUGUGCAGUUAAUGCUGCGUACUAAAUGCAUUGCAGUGGAACCACCUUAUUAUUUCGCCUUCUGGUAGUCAUUUCAACAAUUAAAACUGCUCAUUUUUUCAUUUUUGCCAAUAGUAAACAGAACUGUUUAUUUAACAAGGUUCCUUCAUCAGGUUUAAAACACAAGACAAGAAAUGACGACAAUUUAUAUGCACACCUGGCUAAAGAACCUUGUUUCUUUGGCUUAAAAAAAGUCUCCCCAUUUUUCACAACCUAAUAUUGGCAAGUAUGCUAUCCAUGACUCUUUGCUACCUUUAACUGACAUAACACUCAUGGCUGUUAUCAAUUAUUAUUAAACCAGUUGAUUUUUGGGAGCCAGUUCUUGUAUCGGCACAUGAUUGCAUACUUCUUGACUCAAAUACUGAGAUCAGGAAAAUACUGUUUGUGUAGUUAUCUGAACAACUAUUGUUUUUUUUCACAGUAUAAUAAUUCUGUAACUCACAAAGAAAUGAUGUGGUCUGUGGGAGAUAAAAGGGACCACCAUACUGGUUUUUAGUACAAAAGAUUAAAUUCUGAAGAAGUCUUUCUUAACCAGAAGUGUAGCCUAAGGACUUUAUUAAGCCGGACUACCAGACGAGUAUGAAUUUAAAAGGUAUUUGUUUCUGUGCUUUUAAGUUAUUGUGCUUCAUAAUCAAAGAGCUGGCACAUCGCCGGCUGCAGCACAUUAACACAGCCUCAGAUGCCAAUAAACUUCAACUUUCCAUCACUUUGUUUCCACCAUUACUCACUCUCUGUGACAACUCCAGCUGUAAGAGCCAGCCCAGCUGCUUAUCAGAGAAACACACACAAAGACAGUUUGUCAACUCAUCUGGAUCGUCAAAGCAGACUUUUUUAGAUCCGUUUCUGUUUAGUGGGCUCUUUGGCGCUAUUUCACGGCUUCAGCAUCCUGUCAGUGCCGAUGUUGUAAUAGCAAAAUGUAAUAUCUUUGCAUUUCAGUCAGCAAUUGUGUGUGAGCAGAUCUUUAUCCUAAUGAAUAUUUUGGCUUAAAAUCCUGUUUGCCAGCUCCAUAACUCCAGAUUUUUGCCAAACUGCUCCAGGCUUCUAAUCUGGCUCGGGCAGACAGUCCUAAACUUUUCUCACUCUGGGUUUAGUGGGCUGUUGGGCUCUGUCAGAAAAUGUGACAGCACUACAAUAACUUGACUUUGCUCUCAGGUUAGCAAAAAUACUGUAUAUAAUGUGCUGGUGUCAGAAUGAUGGGGCCUUGGAUGAUGUUGCUGACUGUAAAAACAUGAACUUUGAGUUUUCUCUUCACUCACCUUAGAUCAAGUGAUGCUGAAUUCAUGCUUUCACUCAGUCACCUCGGUGAAGUAGCUGCUUUUGCAAAAGGAGAUGCAAAAAGCGGAGCUAUCUUGUGAAAUAAACCACAGGAGGUCAAUAGCUGUGGUAAAAAAUAAAAGAAAAUAAAAAUAAAACAGCUCUGUGACUUUUAAGUGAUUAUAUCUGAAGUCUAGUGGAUUUUUUGGUUUGCUUUGAAAGGCAUCUAGAAAGGAUUGCAAAACAUGAGACAAAGAGCAACGUGCCUGGGUUAUCAUAGCUUUCUUUUCUGCAGAAAUCUCACUUCCAGAUACUGUUAAAUAUUCUUGUUAGUGUGAACAACACACGGUUAGCCUGAUGUCCUUUGAUAACCAUUAUAAUUUGUGUGACGUAUACAGUGUUCCACCAUUGCUGCUAUGCAAAGACAUUUUUAAUAAAUAUGCAGCUAUAUAGUCCAUGCACAACCACUGUGCAUUGCAUUUUUACUCACUUCAGCCAGAGGUAAAGGAGAGGAGUUCAUGUCAUGGAUGAUUUUUUUUUUGUGCAGAGCUGUAAUUGGUAGUGCAGUGUUAAGGCUAAGAAUCUUCCCCUCUUUCACUUCCCUCUAUUAAGAUGUCUGGUGUAUCUUUUCUUUCUUCUUUUCUCCUCUCCAGGGAAUAAAGCAGCUACAGUAACGAUUGAUCUCACAGUUUUUCUUCCCUGUGGGACUCCCUUGUUAAGUGGCCUCUACUGUAAUAGCCCUACUGAAACUCACAUUUCCCCCGAUAUUUAUAGAGCACUCAAGUUAUUUCAUUGUUGCUUCUUCACAAGCUAAAAGCACAGCAUUAUAUAUAUUUUUUUUCUGUACAUUUGAAUCUGUUGUGAAGGGUUUUGCAGUGUCCAGUUUCCAAAGUGACUUUCAAAGUGAUUUCAGCCUUUAAAUACAAUAGAUAUGAAAACGUCAAGGUACCAGAGGAUGUUCUUAGCCAUUUACAACAUGCUUUAGUUGUCUGUUGAGCAAGGUUUCAAAUGUAGCUGUUACAAAAAAAUAAAUAAACUCAGCCUCUGUGGAGGAUCUUCAGCCUUUCAGUUUCUAUUCUCAUUAUUUUUGCAGUAAUUGACAGGGGUGCCAUAUUAACGCGGUGCUGCACUGAUUGGCUGCAAAGGCUGCAAGACACCCCAGAAAAACUUGGCAGGCGCGCCAGGUGAACAAACAACAGUACACUAUACAUAAAACCCCGUAUCUGACCCCAAACCAGAGCAGGCAGCUCUUAAAGAGAGGAAGCCAUGAUUGCAACAGUAUGGUUAGCCCUCAACACAGACGGGUCUCUGUGCAACGCCAUCGUAGGUAUGCGCGCGCAGCCAGGGGGCAGAAAGCGGGACAUUUCUUAUUUGUUUACCACUCAACAGAGAAAGAAAAUGACAAGGAGCUGUUGUGCUGUAAACUGCAUGAAUCGGCAAAAGGAUGGAUGGAAACUGUUUAACAUCCACAGGGGAUCUCAUUCUUUUGCCAAGAGAAGAAGAAGAUUGUGGCUCCAGGCUGUUAAAAGAGCGGAUUGGGGUCCUGAAGGUCCCAAAGGUGGCGAAAGUCUGUGCAGCAUACAGCGUAGAUCCCUGUGCACGUACACCCAGGCAUCAUAAGGUUUUGCCUUUACUCCCUGUCUGACUGGGCAGGACACCUGCUCUCAAAGCACAAAACCCUGAACUUGUGUCAUAACAUUUUAAGUUUUGGACAUGGCCACAAAGUACAUAACUAUACGCGUCCAAAGAUUUUUAUGCCAGAAACUGUCCUUUGUGUACACACUAGGCUUCUUAAUUAGAUUAUCGUAUGUCGGGCCAUGUCAUAGCUGGCCAUUUGGACAUAUCUGCAAUCCAUUCCUCACUCAGAAUAUUAUACAGGUCUGGUAAUUUCUCACCAGUGCUGAGGACAAAUUUGUUCAGGUAAUCGGUGCAGUCUGAGCUGCUGAGCCAUCUCUGUAAAGACCUCUCUAACGAGCUGUCAGACUUAUAUUUACAGUGACACUGGCGGGAUUUUUAAAAAGUACUUUGACUUUGUUAGCAUUCACUAACAUUAGGACCCUGCUCCUGAUAUUAGAAACAUCCAAAACAACGUUACAACUUAGUAAGUUGAGUGAAAUUCAUGGACUUUUCAGCAAGUGUUUUUCUAAUUUGUGAUGCAAUGAAAGACAAAGCGAUUUUUCAAUGAAAUAACAUUUUAUUGCAAUUGUGUCAGGGAAAACUUGCAAACAAUACGGCAUCUUCAUUGAUAGCAGUUCACCCCAUAGCAGGCUUUUGCCUCCUGGUUGUGCGCACCUAGUAUCACUAACCAUAGCUAGCAUGUUGUGUUAUAUGAUAAAAUGCAGCCGCUGUUCUUGUUUUUCUUUUUUAAUGUUCUGGUGCAGGGAUAGAAUAGAGUCAUUUUUUGUUUUUGUUUUUUAAAUCUUUUUUUUAGGAUCGUUUUUUAUUGAAACAACUAACAACAAAGACGUAGCUGUGUCUGGCUCUAACCUUUGACACCAUAACUCUGCAAUGCUGUAUUACCACAGUUCUGUAGGAAGAAGCUGGAACACUCAAAACGUGGCAGUGGGACUGAAAGCAGUUUUGCAUACAUGUCUAUGCAAGACAUUCCUGCCAUUAAGUCACUGCAAGAGUCAAUUCAGACCGUCUUGUGGAAAUUCUCCCAUAUAAAGGACUACAAAAAAAUAAAGCUGAAGGUUUGCCUCCAUAUAAGUACUGGAACACCCUUGACUUACUUUACUGGUUGGUAUGUGUAGCAUAUGACCAGUACCAGUAUUUUUUUACAGUUAACUAUAGAUGGAAAGAUUAAAAUCAAAUGAUAAGUCAACACUCUGCCUCUGUCCUCUGUUGAAGCUAAGACAACCUUGCUAUCAUCUUCAUUUUACUUAGAUUUUCCUUGUUUAUCUCUUGAUACUGAAUUUGAUACAAUCCAGGGCAAAUGUGUUUAUUCAUGUAUAAUUAAAGUGGAAAACAACACAAUAAUGUCUUAUAUUUAGGCUGCUGUAGAUCAGUCUGCAGAGACAGGACUUCAGAGCAGAGGGUAACUAGUUCAACUCCUGGUACAAGGUGGGCUGGUAGCUGGAAAACUGCCAGUUCACAUAGAGGCAGUACUGAUUCUCUUGAGCAGGGCACUAAACCCCCAAAUGAUGUGCAGUCCCUUCACCCUCCAUAUUAGUGCAUGUUAAAAGGACCCUACAUGGAGGUAGUUUUUUGGGGGAUGGGGGGUUUGCAUGAUCAUAAAAAUUGAGCCUUCCCCUUGAGAAAUAUCCUCUGCUCACCACAAUUAGCUUUUUUUUCUGUGCAUUUGUAAGAUUGCACAGAAAGAUUGCUGUUUUUCACAUCUAGCAUCACUUUACGAGAGUAGGAAGUCAUAAAACUUUCAUGGUCCAUUGCCGUCUUAUUAGUUCUUCCAUCAAGUUAGUACAGAGUAACACGUGACUGCACCAGGUUAUUUUAUAACACCAUCCGUAGUCUCAUGAAUGCAGUAAUAUGGAGCUGAAUAAGACAAUCUUUUGUUCCAUUGUGGAAUUGAAAUGAGAAGUGUCAUGCUUUACUGAUACAGGCAAUACUUCCUCAUGGUUGAAACUAAUCAGAUGACUAACUACUUUUAAUAUAAAGUUAGCAUUUCACAUUCAGUUCCAGUCCUAGAUGAGAUUGUCUCUAAAAUGGAACUUUUUUUUUUUUUUUCAUUUUCAUCUUUGAGCUUUUUAUACCAUUUGACGCAAAUACAGUUGAUUGCCUGUGGAUGCCACCUUUUUGUUCCAUUUAUUCGUACUUCAUCUUUGAGCUUACCCAGCUUAACUUGCUUUUAUGUCUGACGGUGUGAUAGCAUGCUGUGAUGAGCUGUGAGUAUAAACAACAUUUUAAUUCAGCCUGGACAAAAGAGAGAAAAAGACUUUGAAUUAGAGAGCUGCUGUUUCUCUCGUUUGUUAUGCUUCUGCACCCAGAGGUGGUGAGAGCUAAUUCAGCAUCCUGUUUCCCAUUGAACUAAUCAUGAAAUUAGCGUGACUUGAUUGACAGCCCUUCUCACAUUUGAUGUCACUCUACUACAGUGUGAGUCUGGGAAGUUAUUAGAGGGCACCCUGCGGCUCUUAUCCUGACAUGGAUGAGUCCAUUAAAGGAGAGAAUCGCAUGUACUUCAUUAUGCAGAGCUCAUAUGAAACGUUAAAUAAUGAAAGUCUUGUGUUCAGUGUGUGGAGUCUAUCUGGUGGUUUGGUUUGCACAGAAGACAGGACUCAACAUAUGGACUUCUAUAAGGUCCACAGUCUUUGCUCCCUAAGCACGGCGAUAGGUUUGAAGGGAAGAUGAAAGCAGUAACUCAGUCAUGAUGUUAGUUAAUAUGCACACACACAGACCCAUUCAAGAUACUUUCUUCUGGUUUCUGGUGUUCAUUUAAUUUCCUUUUGUAUUUGAUUGAAGUUAGCUGUGAAUGUACAAUAGACUUUGGUGUUAUAAACCUACAGUGGGAUCCAGCGCUUUUAUUAGACCUUUUAUCUGUAAAUGAUGACGUUCUUCAAAGCUGCUCUGCCAGGCUCGGUGAUGUGACGGUCGACUUUUGAAGGAAGAUUUCUCAUACACCCUGCCUAGUUAAAAUUGAUUCUUCUGCUGAGUUUGGUGUGCUGCCAUUUUCAUUAGAAACCACUUUGUUAUUUAUUUUACAAGUUUCGAAAGAAGACAAAUGGGCAAUGUCUUUGGUGAUGCCUGUUUGUUGAAAAGAGGGGACAGGGUUUAAAGUAGGGUAUACCACCAAUGUGGAGUCUAGUCUCUGGUGUUGGCGGGUGAGACGGAUGGCUGGACUUGAACACUGAUGAGGUGCAUAGGAAAGGAGGAGAGUCACAGCAACCACUGAAUAAGGUGAAAAAGACUGCAAGAGAAAAUUAAGCAGAUUUAAAAUUUGACAGCAGCAGAAUGAUCUGGUAGGAAAGGUUGAGGCCAGUUUAAUAGUUUAACGCAGUGGUUCUCAAGUCCAGUCCUUGAGGCCCACUGUCCUUCAUGUUUUGGAUGUUUCCCUGCUCCAACACACCUGAUUCAAAUGAUUAGCUCGUUAUUAAGCCAUUACAGAGCUUGAUAACGAGCUGAUCAUUUGAAUCAGGUGUGUUGGAGCAGGGAAACAUCCAAAACAUGCAGGACAGUGGGCCUCUAGGACUGGACUUGAGAACCACUGCUUUAAGACUUAACACAGCACAUCGAAGCAGAAAAGGACGGAGGAGGAAAGAGUUUUUUUUAUCAAUAAAUUUAUGUGUUGAGACAGAGAAAAAAGUAUGACUUAAGUUGAUAAUUUCACUUACCUAAAAGAAAGAAAGGUUACUUCUAUCAAAGUCCAAGAAGUUGGUCAGUAAACAUAACAGACAUAUUAGAUUGAGAUAUAAAUAAUCAUCGUCUCUCAGCUUCUCUGUAUGCAGGUGCUGCUAUCAAAUAGACUAGAGGCACCUUAUAUUCAGCAUGGUUGUUGUGAGGAUGGCAAAGAUGGGUUGGCUCAAGAAUGCGGCAAAAAUCCAAACCUCAAACCAUGAGCAUUUAUUCUCAGUGAAGCAAAACCUGUGUGCAGCAUUUUGUACAGUGCAGGCAUAGGAAUUGGCGAAAACAUUACUAAAAAAAACAACCAAAAAGGCAAAAAAAAAAAAAAAAAAAAAACCUGCAGUAGAGCUCUACACAAUGCCACUUGGAUCCUUGGAGCUAAGUAUGUGCUAUGUUUGCUUCACUACUUUCCAGCACCUGCUUUGACUUUUAUUCUCUCACAAAACAUCAGCUGGCUCCUACUAAAAUUUAGGAAUUAAUGAUUUGUUAUCAAUUGAGUCCCCUUAACCUCUUAUCAGUUCUGCAUAUGUCCCAAACAUUAACAAUGUGGGUAACAAAAUUUUAUCCAAACAUGUUUACACAAAGUUCAUUUUCAGAUUACCGACAAAACAGCAUUUCUUAUUUCAACUGUCACACCCCUCCAACUCCUCGUACAUGGUAUCUUCCUCUUGGCCCGCCUCUUUAAAUGCUAACUAUGCUGACACAGGACUCUCAGCCUGCUUGAUGUUUGAAAAGGAGUGGACAUUUCAACAUUUUACAUUUUACUCAGAGUGCAUGUGUGCACACUCUACAGGACACAGGAUCACCCUGAAAAUGAAGAAAAAUCCUGGAAAUAUCGAGAGUUAUUUUAGCUUCAAAUCUGUAUACAGGCGGUAGGCAGAACCAAGUUGUCCAUAGUAUACACAGUCUAUGGUCACAAGACAGUGAAAUAGUCACAAUUAUAAGAAUUUACACAGUUUAUGAAACACUGUAAUAAGACAUGAUAACAAUGGUUGAGCAUCUCUCCAAGAGGGAAAAUUUCAACCAAGCUCAAGAUAUUUUUACUCGCUCCUUGCACCUUGCUCUUAUCCCCGUAUUUAUUCUCCUCCAAGUUCUUAUAUAACCUACCACAUGUCCCCUGUGUCCAGCAGCCAAGCAUGAAGAUUGAAUGUGGAUGGAUAAGCAGCUGUACAUCACUGGGUUUAUCAACUGGGUGCUUAUGUAUUUGUGUUCAAUAAAACUAGGCCCUGACACCGCAGGGAAGCUUGACAUUUUGCCCCAGCAUCCUGAAGCAACGCCCUUUCAAUCUCACCUCCCACCACACCAACACAUCAAAUUAGAAAUCAGUGGAGAGAGAUUGGAAAGAAUGAGCUAGUGCAAAAAUCCUGUUUGGUCUUAUGUUGUGUACUUAAGUUACAAAGAAAAGCACAGAACACUUAGCAAAUAUGACUUAAAUCAAUCACCUACCUUCACUCCUUAUAACAGGUUUUUAGAGGGAUUUAUACAGAACAAUACUACUGCAUCUCUUUGUUUCAGCUGAUUUACUGCAACACUUGACGAGCUCAUGUGCUGUCUGUGUCUCUCUGUUAGGGUUUGGGAACAUCUCUCCUCACACAGAAGGAGGUCGGAUCUUCUGUAUAAUCUAUGCUCUGCUCGGGAUUCCCCUGUUUGGAUUCUUAUUGGCGGGUGUAGGGGACCAGCUCGGGACCAUAUUCGGGAAAGGAAUUGCCAAAGUUGAGAAGAUGAUUGUGGUGAGUACCUGCCUUCUGACUUCUGUUCUGUGUAUUUGCCCGAGCACAUGAAUAAAGCACAUAAUGACGCAGGAAAUCAGUUGGCAGCUAUAAAAUGAUGUUGCUGUGCUGGAGUGUCUAAGGGUUAAAACAGGAGCCCUUUUGUAAAGACCUUGCAGCUGAUUACUGUGAAAGUGCAGGAGUUCUUUCUUUUUUUGAGAAAUCUGUUCCUCAUCAAGUGAUAGUUGCAGUUUCCGAGUUGCCAUGUCAACCGACUCCUAGAAACCAAUCUCAAUUGCGAGCAGUUUGUUUUAGAAUUGCAAACUUAGAUCAGGACAUUGCAGUUAUUUCAUUGCAAGUUUUAAAAGCUUGGCAGAGUUCUUGUGUUUUUGUCUUCUCCUGUGCUAAAUUCACUGGAGUGUUUCCGGUUUAUCUCUCUGUUUGUGGCAGUAAACCGAACCAGCAGCACACACAGAUCGAUAAAUCUUGCUAAAAUAAUAAUGGUGGGCUUAUUUAUUACAUUUGAAGUCACACAGUGACUGCUGCCCAGUGCUUGUACAGUAUACAUGUGCACACAAACCACACGUCACAACCCUGGCAAAGCAGUUAGAGAGCAUCAUUAGUCAUGUUGGACAUACAGAAUAUAAACGAGAGCGGCUGGUCAGGCCAGCUGAUGGUUGGUCAUUAAGUCUCCCCUGGAAACCAAAAGGCAUGCUGUAGGAAAAAAAGCAAAGCAAUUAAACUGCUGCUUAGUGCACCAGCCAGUAUGAUUAUCCUGUAUGUUACUGGACCUAUAACAGGUUAAAACACUUAAAGUCAUUUUACCUGUUCUGGAAUGAAACAUAUUUACACAAGGUCAAGUUCUAUUUUGAUUAAAUAAUGCAUCAUUUAUAAAAUGGGCCCUGCAGCUAAUUGACAGUUGAAAAACAGUCUUAAUAGCUGGUCUGAAAACAAUGAAACUAUUAAAUUGAUGCCAUACAAAGACGUCUGCAUAAUACAGUGGAGAAAAAAAUCAGCCUGAUCCUCAAGAUCACAAAUGAAUAAAACAGGAAGGUCAAAUUAGAGAUUUAAGUCCAAGAAAGAGUGAUGUCUGUCUGGCUCAGUGGUAAAUGCCUGCAUCUCAGACACAGAGGCUAUAUUUCCCUACACAGUGUCAGCAGUCUUGUUGCUUUUCUGCAUGUCAUCCUUCACUCCCCCUCCGCCAACACUUUGUCUCUCACUUUAGCUGUCCAAGCGAACAAAAGCAAAAAUAGCCCAAAAAUUAACUUUUAAAGGACUCGUGGCAGGAACCGCAUUUUAAAAAGGUGUAAAAGAAAUGCACAUUUUAAUGUGACAGGGGAAAUGCUAAAUAGAUGUGUAGGCAUAUGAUAUAAAACAUCAUAAUUUUGUUUCACCCUGAGUGAGCAGCAUGCCUCCUAACCUCGAGAACAGUAGAGCUUGUUUUAUAAAAUGCUAACCUGCUGGAUGUCUUGAAUUAGUGUGCUUAGAAUAAAGAAAAUAGCACAGAUGCUAGCAGCUGCACGACAUUUUUUCUCCUUGUUGUGAGUGUGAAGACUACAUUAGGUGGUGACUAGCUGUGAACAUCCAUGCGCUCAGGCGGUCUGGGUGUUAAGGCACUGUGAUUGGAGCUUGCAUCAUAAUUUAGCCAAGGAGUCGAGUGAAGUGAUAAAUACUGAAAGGAGAAUGUAAAGUGGUAAAAAAAAAAAAAAAUUCUGAAGUGUGAUUUUAAGUUUUUCUGACACAUGGAGGGUGGUGUUAAUAAGAAUAAGAGUAAGAGGAACUUUAUUUAUCCCCAAAGGGAAAUUUAAUGGCAUAUUUUCCAGUUGUUAGAAUUUAAUUGAGAUGACUAAUUUAAUCUGUGUUGCAAACAUACAUACACUGGGAAUGCCUUUAGUCAAGAUCAUGGGGAGUAAUUAUUGCAUAAUUUUGAAGAGUGUUAUUUUUUUUUCAUAUAUUUUAUCAUAAUUUUUUAAACAGCUGUAAAGUGUUAAACAUAUCAGUUGAAAGGUUAUAUAUAUACAUAUAUAAAAAUUUUUUAUCACAAAAUGGCUUUGACAGAUGGUUAACACAUCAGUUAUCAACAACUAACAAAUUAUUACCCAGACUGACUUAGCUGCCUUAUUAAUAUAUGCUGUCUAAACUAUUCAUAUCAACCAUGUAACAUGGUAUUUAGUCAUAAGAUGUUACUUUGCCGGCAAUCAAAAGGGUGUUUUACAAAUUAAAAUUAUAACCAUAUCAUAUAAUUAUUACAGAAUAUGAAAUAUUAUAACCGGUUCAACAAUAAACUACAUUGAAGUAUGAGGGCCACAUUAAGAAAAAAAAAUUAAGACUUCAAGAUUAAAGUCAUUACUUACGAGUAUAAAGUCGUAGGAAAAUCAUUAUUUAUGAGACUGCGUUACCUCACAGUCAUUCACAUUAGCAUUAACUGUAAAUGGUUUAUUUUAACAGGAUGAUUUUUUGGAAUCAGGUUUUAACCACAAAAGGCUAAAAACAUCCUGUUAUCCUUCAGUUAAAGUCUGAUGAAUCAUCAGUCCACGAUUGCAGCUUCUGGUUACCUGAGAACCUUUUGUUGUCAGACUGAAAACACUAUCAAUAGCACAUUUUCCAGGCUCCUUGAUCCUUGACAGCAACAGGUUGAUUAUGGCUUUGAUUCAUCACUGACUCAAUGGCUUCCCUCCCAGGAGAGCAGGAAGAGAAGAGGCAGCUGGUUUAAACAAUGGGGGAAGAUGGACUAUAGCAUCUGCAGAAGUGGCUGCUGUGCACUGGAGAUGCUGGUGAAGUAACCACCUCAGCUAUAUGAGUCCCCUGGGAGUAUCUGUUUGGCUUUGUUAAUCUCCAUCUCAUUUGGUCUUGCAUGGCUCACUGGUGGUGUCUUUGAACUGUGUGUUACUGGAGUGGAUUUCGUUCAGUGCACCGAGGACAUUAGACAUCACAGGCGGAGUAUUUUGAGGUCUGCUUGCUCUUUAUGCUCCCCUCAGAGCCUCUGUGCUUCAGGCUUACAUAACUGGAAGGGAAAAGGGCAGCAUGCACAGGGAACCAGCUGAAAACAGUCACCUCUAGUGACAAGGCAGCAGAAAAAACACCAGAAUAUACAUGAUGCACUUUGACCGGAGAACUGUGGAUUAAAUCAAGCUAAAACUGGCCUAAUAACAUGACAGCACAGGCUGUAACUGUAAUGAAUCAAUUAGAAACUCUGUUAAUAGUCCCGAUGUGUAAUUAUUUAGAAGUCAUUGAUAAAACAGCGCAUUUGAGAUACAUCAAGUCCCAUGUCACUGUAGCCAGGGUGGGCGUGCCAUCUGACGGUGAAAAUUAUGUCUCAGUUAUAGGAAACAGCAAAUAUAUUCCUGGAAGGAGGUCAAAAGCAAGUGACUCAUCCCAAUGUGAGGAGAGCAGAAAGUACUGGAGGCUUGAAUGAAAACCCAGAACAGGAAAUGGACAUAGUGCUGUCAAGCAUUUUUGCCCCCAACACAAAUACAUGAUAAUUAUAGACUAAAAUGAAAUAAUACAUGAGCCAACUAAUCUAUGGAUACUUAGCAUGAAUAGUAUAAUUGCAUGAUAACCACUAAAUCUGUCAAAAUCCUGGCUUUUUUCACAAUCAGAGCCAUUAUUCAUACAAAAUUAAACACUUAAAGACCCAGUCUGAUGAAAAUCAUGUUUUUCUUGUUGUCUGCGUGAUCAUGAGGAAUUUUUAUGAUGCUAGAGGACAUAUCAUGAGAAAGCUACGUGCAAAAUUGCAUUUCUGAGUAUUUCUGCAUAUAAGUCCCUGUGAACCUCUGGCAGAUCAAAACGAUAGGCUCAGACACAGUGGGAUUUUCUAUGUCACAAACCCAUGCUCCGCCCCCAGAGCCCCGCUCCGCAGACCAGUGUGUGCAUUAGUGGAUUGCAAUGCUCGUAAGAAAGCUAAUUAUGAUAUUAACUUUUAUCUUCCCCCCCAAAGACAUCAGUGUCUGAGAGCUGAAUACCUACCACGUCUGCUGCACCUGCAAUAUCAGGCUACAAGCUAGCAUAAAGAGGAGUGUGCAGAUCAGCACUGUCUCCGCCCACGACUCAGAGGCGAAUUUUUAAUGAGCUACUGGAGCUCGGCAGAAAAAAAGCCCUUGAAAAUGACAGAAAUUGUGAUUUGCGCUAAAAACGUCAUAAUCAGAAUUUAAAGACCACUGAGAACACUUUAAAUCAGGGCUCGGACGAUUCAUCUACAACAUCGAUGUAUCGAUUUAUAUUCCUAUGAUCCAACUACAGAGCAACAAGAGAUUGUCCAAUUCAUUGAUUAUAGAUGACGAUUUUCUACAAAUUAAGGAAUUGUAAGAACAGUGUCAACACAGAACACUUAAAAAACUUUUGAUGAGAGCUGAUGAGGCAUUACAGCUUUAAUUAAACAUUAAUCAUGCAUUAUGGGCCAAUCUUGAUGAAAUUGUUCAUAUCUGUUUGACUACUUAGCAAUGCCAGUGCUGAAAAACGAUGGUGAUGCUGUUUUAUUAUACAGUCGACUAAUUAUUUGCCUUCCUAUUUUAAAGUUUCCCUGAGUCUCCCGCUGUCUCCAGUUUAAAGUCAGCGUUGUGUUGAGUGUUGUUUUUUUUCUCUUUUCAGAAAUGGAAGGUCAGUCAGACAAAGAUCCGCGUCUUCUCCACUCUGCUCUUCAUCUUGUUUGGAUGUCUCAUCUUCGUGGCCCUGCCGGCUGUCAUCUUCAAGCACAUCGAGGGCUGGAGCACACUGGAGUCCAUCUACUUUGUUGUCAUCACUCUCACCACCAUCGGCUUUGGAGACUUUGUCGCCGGUGAAAAAGGUCACUUGAUAUUGUUUGAGAUUAAUAGACCCUCUUCUAUUUUUAUGUCCGACUCUCAGUAUGGAAUCAUUUUAUUUAUAGUCAAGUGAUCCCUGACAGACCAGGCUGACUGAACAGAUGUGCACACAGGGAAAAGGAUCCUUUUUUUCAUGCCUUAUGCUGUGAUAUACGCCAUGUAUUCUGACAGUUUCCCUCAUGCAUCUGUUUUCCAGCAGCAUGUCAAGUGCCUUCCAUCUGUUUAAAGAGAAAUUGUCGGCAAAUUCUGCUGGAAAAAAAAAAUGAACAGGUUGUAUUUAUUUUUCUCACAUAUGAUGAAAGUGCAAUAAGAUAGACACAAAAAAAUGCUCAGUAAACACUCACAAUGACCCAGGUAAACUAGACUGAAAUACAAUCUUUACAAGUUACAGACACAUAUUUUCCAUGACCUUUCUGUAUUCAUUCUCAGAUUUUUAGAGGACUGGCUUUAACUUGUUUGAGUACAGUCCUAUUCAAGCUAAAUGAGAAUUGAGUGUAAUGUACAGAAAACUAAAAGCUGCAAACAGCUUAAGGCAUGCAGCAGCAUCUUAGUUUAGUAUUUUUCACAUUUUUUUAAACCACUGACUACAGAAGUGACCUGGCUGGUAGAGCUGCUUACCAAAUUAGUUAUUAAAUUCAUCAAUAAAAUGUUAAAGAUUCCCAGGUGGGUCUUAUCUACUUGAGUUGAUCUGUAGCCAAUGCUUAAAGCUAUGGAAAGGUCAAUGACCCUUGUAUUGGUAUUUAUUACACUUUCUCGUGCUGUUUCUACUCUACUCUGUUAACCUGUACAUAACACAGCAGGACCAUUUGUCAACAGAGCUGUUGAUCAUGAUUUCACAUCUGCAAGACAGGGGUCACUGUUAUUGUAAUUGGUAUUUCUAUUGCUUUUGCUAUAGCUAUUGUUUUUAUUAUUGUUACCACUAUUGUUACUGUUGUUGUCAAGGCUGUUUCUUUUGUUUCCCUCUUUUCUUUAAUUUUACUUACUUACAUACAUACUUAUACACACACACAUACCCUCGCACACACACACACACACACUUAGGCCACUAUUAGACGGAAACGGUCUCCAUAGAAAACAGAAAAAUUUACUUUUGUUUAGGGGGGUUCGUUUAGACAGCAACUGCGCUUUCAGGAGAUAAAAAUGUAACAAAGUGAAAACCCCCUCCAGAGUGGAAAUGUUGUAAACACUCUGCUAGUCCCGCUUUCGUCUUAGGUACAAAAACGCUGAAAAUGGUCUAACCUGUGACGCCAUGGCUCACGUCGGCUCACGUUUAUGACAUCAUAGCCCUGCGCAGCUUCUUUGAAAAUAACAACAAUAGCCAUGCUAGACAUUUGGGUCGCGCUGUCGUUAUUAUUGAACAGGCAGGAGCUCAAUUUCGACCUGUACAGAAUCCUCACGGAUCAUACUGCUCAGCAGAGGAGGCGUCUAAAUUAUUUGCAUCAAAUAAUUAAUGUAGAACGGAAGUUGUUCUACGUAUGUGUUGUUGGUCUAUAUGGGAGCGUGGUCACACCGACACGCACCACCUAGUGACCUGGCAUGCACAUUACAGCGUUUUCAACCACAUUGCGUUUUUGUGUAAACACAGCAUGAAAACUGAAAACGAACCUGCACUUUUCCUUUUUCUACGGAGACCGUUUCCGUCUAAAAGUGGCCUUAGACACACACAUACACAUGGGAACAUGUGCUUACACACCCUGAACAUCUGGAGUGUUUGGGUUGACAGGAAAUUAUUGGGUGCUGGCCUGUUUGUAUGUUGUCUUCAUAGACUGUAAAUAGAAUAGAAGCCGUCUGCCUCCUCCUGGGUGAAGCCACUGUGAGAACAGCAACCUCUGGUGACGGGCUGCAGUAUAGGUCAUAAAUCCCGCCUCCUCCAGCAAUCCCUAUGGAGCUGUCGACAAACUUUAGAAAUGUGUUACACAGAACAUAAUUUUUUCUCCCCCCGGUUGCAAUGUUGACAUGUAGUUACUGUAAGACUGGUUUGUGCUCAAGUCCUCUUUUUUUCUGUGCAGCUCCAUUUUUAAAAAUUAUUUGGAGGUUCAGGUGUUCUGUGACUGACACUUAAUAUACAGCCUAUGGGCGUAUGAAGUUCAAACUUAAUUAAAAAUAAAAUACAGUAAAAUAAAAAUUUUAAAAAAAUAAUAAUAAACGGGGUUAUUAACUAUACUAUAGGGAGUCAGCAGGGAGCACUCUAAAUUUGUUUACUUCAUAGCCAAUGAGAACUUGUGCAUCCAUCAUAAUAUACAUUAAUGAAAAUAAUAACCCGAUAAAGAGAUGGAUGCGUGGUGCCCUCAUAAAUGUAAUAUAUCUUGUUCAUUUUAAAGUUUGUAUUUUAUAGUAAGUUAAAUGUUCAAAGAUGUAAUUUAACCAUUUACUAUUUUCUCACUUUCUUCUAAUGAGUAUUACAUGUUUGCUUUACACAGUUAAGAGUACACACCACAAAGUUAGCUUAGCUUGGCAUGCAAUCAAAAAGAGGACGGAUCUACAGUUUCCCUGUUAGCAAAACAAAUACUGGUUGUAUUAAAACCAGAAGUAAAAAGAUAUACAUUUGCUAUUUUACUGUGUAGAUGACAGAAUAGGUCUUUGCCAGGCUCAGGUGUGUGUGUGUUUGUGGUUGUGUGUGGGUGUGUGUGUGUCUGUGGAGGCAGGUGGCAUUAGAUUGAUUUGACCUGCCUCAUAGAAACAAGGGAAAAAGCAGAUGGCAAAAAUCACAAACACUUAGCUGCUAGAUUAAACUUCCCUGAGCAGAACUAAUGAUUAUAGAUUAGAUUAGGCCACCUGUGCCAGUGUCACGAGUAACAGUAAACAAAUCAGCUUUCAAAGCCCAGACUUCAAUCAGUGGUCGUCGAAAUGACGGCUGUGCUGCAUCACAUCGGUAGAUAUAUAACCAGAGUUCAUCGGAAGACUCCGCUCAUGAUUGAGGUUAAAGCUGAGUUCAAGUGUUGUAAAGAUUAUGUUCACAAGAGUAAAAGAUUUAUGAUUGGUAUGUUGUUUUUGGAUAGCGCACUCCAGCCAGCAAUUGUCAGGAAAGUAUCAAGCUGAUAUAAAUCCUGCUGCCUGCAUCUUUGUGUGCAAUAAGAAAUAGACAGGGGCUCAGCCAUGAAAUAUGAGUGAAUAUCAAGCCAGCAAAACCCAAGGUAGACACUGUAAAGGACCAAAUUUGCUCCUGAUACUUUCCUUUUUAUCAGUUCAAUUUGUCUUGUCAUGUCUGAUUUAUAUGUUGUUCAAACAUCUUUUUUUUAACACAAGACAAUGACAGUACACAAAAAUAUUGUCAGAUUCAAGGCAGGAUUUUACAUCUUUAAUAUAAAAGAAAUGGAAUUGCUGGAAGAGAUUAAAGCUCCCUCAGGUUCGGUUGUGAUUUAUUGGUCUUACUUCUUCCUCUGGCAGUACACAUACAAAAUUGUCCAUCUCUGAGCCAAGUCAUUUGUCCUUAAGCAAUUCAAGGCAGCGUCACAGCCCAAUAAAACUACUGUUGAGAACUGAAGGAACAUCACUUGUAACAGCAGGAUCUAAGCCGCAUCUGGACCCCCACCUGUACACACACACCACGCAGGCACAGAUGCUACAUCCAACAGUGUAGUGCAUCUGGGAAACCAAACCCCCUGUAAAGCCUGAGGCUUAUGGAAAAUUGUUUGCUAAUUGCAUUUCCACCUUAAAUCCCUUUCCUCUUGUGUUCAUAUCAUGGGCCGUAGGAAAAAAAGUGAACAGCACAACAGCCAUCUGAAAGUGAAGUCCAAACUUGUAGAACUCCCCUAGGUGACUGGCUACAGGACUGGUCUUAAAGCCCACCUCCUCCUUAAUAAUAGAAGGAACACUUGAAAGUUCAAAUAUAUAUCAAGUAUUUUUUAUUUUAAACAUGCCUUUUUUUAAAGACAAUUUGGUCUUAUGCUGCAUCUCAGUGACCUCGGAAGUCAGAGCUGGGAAUGACGUUCCACCCGAGUUGACGGCGUUCCAGUCAACAAUUCGGAAAACGAAGAUGGACGCCUACUGUUAGCCGUUUUUAGCUGUUGUUAGUUUUUGUUAGCUAUACCAGUUGUAAACAAUUCAUAACACAGUAUUUUACUCUUACAAACUCAAUAGCACCGUGUUCACAGUUAGAUGUUGGGCAGUACAACAGAUACCACUUAUUUAAUUUCACCAAAACAAAACAGAAGUGAAAAAAAUACUAAAUAAUACAUUACGAGAGCUUUCACUGUUACUCUUGAUGCACUGCGCUGCCAUCUUGGAUUAUGAGGUUGUUGUAAAGUUGGGGUUGGUGAGGAUCAUCCGACUUUCCAAGUCAGAAGUCUUUAAGGGGGGCUUUCCAGAUGAAUUUCUGACUCGAAGCUCAAAAAUUCCAACUUCCAAAUACAACUAGAAUGCACUGUGUUAAUUUACAGCAUGUUUAAGUGUUUACUUUUUCUAGGCGUAUAGUUUAAAUAAGUUAUUUGAUGCCAGAAAGAGGGGAUGUGACAUCAUGAUUGACAGGUUUCUGGACAAAUGUAGUUCAUGCACUGGAUUAGCAAAGCAGAGGUGGAAUUUCUCUCAAAAACUUAUUGAAAUUAGAUAAAUUAAAAAAACAGAAUGCAUACAAACUCAAUGAUCAAUAAACUUUAAAUACAAGCAUCUGCUCUGCUAGGGGGCUGCAUGAAUCUUAGGGAUGCGUGACGUUUGAUUGGCUAUUCAAAUGUGUGCUUUUGUUUAACUAAUCCAGAAGCUCCACCAGCCAGAUCUGCACAGACCCUUUUUCCAAAAUAACAUCACCAGCACAAUAUGUCAGUGCCUGCCACUGCUGUAUUUUGGCUUCAUGUUUAUAUUAUAGGAGGAACGAGCCAAGUCUUCCAUAUUUAUAGCCGGUCACAUGAAUACAUAAACUGCAGCUGAUGAAUCUAAAUGAUCUUUUCUGUUUAAUACACAUGAAGAUCUGCCAACAGUGAGGUGAAAGGUUUUUUUGAAUAAUUAAGUCUUUCUGGAUCACAGAUGUGACAUGCCUGACAAAACUGCAUAACAAUAAAAUGUUACUUUACUUUCCUCAAUAUUAUCUAGAAAUUUAAAACAAUUGUAUUUGACCUUAAACAGAAUCAAGACCACUCACCAGGCUUCAUCCAUGAUCAGAAAACAUGAUUGAGGAUCUUUCUAAAUAAACUCGAGUAUGAACAUUGUCAACAGACUGGUAUGGACACUUAAGAAAAUGUCAACAGUCUUAAGCAAUGUAUUGUAAUGCUGGACGGAAUCCCAGCAAGGUUCAGCAACCUGAACGUCCAGUUAAAAGCUCAGAGUCCUUUAUGUAAUCUGGUGUAACAAACCAGGAAAAAUCAUGUGAAUUAAGCAGCAUCCCACACAACAGGCUGUCUUUUUGUCACAGUUAUCAGCAGACACCAGAAGUGCUCUCCUCCCAGGCUACCAGCUUCUUCUGGUUUGUUACAGGAAAGCAUGGAAUUAAAAAUUGAAGGUUUUUUUGUCUCUGCAUGUGAACAGCUGAAAGUUCAUGUCUGACACAACAUCAUUUGUGUUUCUUUUGUUUUGAUUUUCAGUCGUCUAGUUCCACUUAAGAAAAAAAAUUUCUUUCUUCCAAGUUUGAAAAUUAAAUAACAUUUCUGUAAUUGAGCCUUUAAGGCCUCUGAUCCUGAAAUCAAUUCUGCAUGUUUUUCUUCAUUAACUCAGGACAAAAAAACUGAAUUGUGUGACCAACUCUUUGUACCUUUUAUUCCACAGCUGGAUCAGAGACUCCGGACUAUUUGGACUAUUACAAGCCAGUUGUGUGGUUCUGGAUCCUGGUGGGCCUGGCAUACUUUGCUGCUGUGCUGAGUAUGAUUGGAGACUGGUUCCGGGUCAUCUCCAAGAAGACAAAAGAGGAGGUAUGGGCUGAUGUGCUGUGAGUUAACUUACUCUAGAGAUGAGUUUAUGAUAUGUAGAAUUUCCCUGUGAAGGUGUUUUGAUGGAAAGGUUCGGACAAAGUCAGCAGAGGGCCAAUAGCUUUAAUCUCAGCUCUGAAGCCAGUUUUCACAUUUCAAUUUGAUUUUUACGGAUCAAGAACCAACUAUUUAACUCAACUUAAGUUUUGAUUAAAGUCCCACUCCAAUCACUUUUUUUUUACUACUUAAAGUGUUCUCAGUGGUCUUUACAUUGUGAUUAUGAAGUUUUUACCAAAAAUCAUGUUACCUGUGUCAUUUUCAAGGGCUUUUCUUCUGCAGCGCUCCAGUAGCUCAUUAGCAAUUUGCCUCUGAGUCGUGGGCGGAGACGUCGCUGCUCUGCAAACUCCUCUUCACGUUAGCUUGCAGUCUAACUUUACUGGUGUAGUAAAAGUAGUAGGUAACAAAGGAGCUCUUCAGCUCUCGGACACUAAUGUCUUUAGGAACAUGAUGAAAGUUAAUAUCAUCAUUAGCUUUCUUACAAGGGUUGCAAUCUGCUAACGCACACACUUGUUCUGCCAUCGUCCUCUGUAUUUCUCCUCUAUAUGCAGAGUGUGGCCUUUAUAGUGCGGCUCCGGGGGCGGAGCUUGGAUUGGUUACGUAUGAAAUCUCACUGUUUCUGAACCUGCCAUUUUGGUCUGCCAGAGAUUCACAGCGAUUUAAAUGAAGAAAUAUUCAGAAAUGAAAUUCACAUUUAGUUUUCUCAAGAUGUCCUGUAGCAUUAGAAAAAUGCCAUAUAAACAUGAAAAAACAAGAAAAACAUGAUUUUCAUGGGAGUGGGUCUUUAAAGACCAAAGCUAUUUCAGUACAAAAAUAGUUGUUUAUGACCAGUAUCAGAGCCAGCCCUGUUUGCUGUCCAAUGUAAAAGAGAAAAGGAUGACUCUCACAAAUUGCUGGAAAAAGCUUUUGACAGGCACUUCCUCAACUGCAGUUCCACCAAAGCUGAGAAACAGAAAUACUUUGACCUUUAAUGCAGGGGGCAUUUUGCUCAAAACUGACUGCAUGCCACAGCUGUAGUCUCUCUGGCCAGAGACAGACUCGCCUUUUAACCUUGUGUUUUCAUACAAAACUGGCUGUAUAGUGAAUGUUUAGCUUGAAUAUGGUGGCUGGAAAGUGCAGUACAAAAAAAAACACUGACAUUUUUCAAUAAAUCUUUAAUCACAUAUACUUUAAGGAAAACCUUUUGACAAUAUAUAAAAGAAAUUACAUAAGCAAAACACUUUACAAAGGUCAAAACCGAUUCAAAUUUCAGUAAAACUUGCAAAAUAUGACCUUUGAUGGCUGGCCAAACACUCAAAUGAAACACAGGUGGAAGGGGAAAGUACCAAAUGUCAGAUGAGACCCAGGAGUAGUUGAGUGAGCUGACACUUUGCUGAGAAGAUGUGUAAUAUUCCCAAAGUUAUGUCAUCAAUUUGUGAAAAUAAAGUACAAGAUUGUGAGGUUAUUAAGAUAAAGUUUUGAAGUUAAAAAACAAAAAAAGCAAAUUCGUUUUGUGGAAACAACCGAUUAUUAAAUAUCCAAUUUGUAAGAAAAGGGCAAAUCUACAGAACUUCCAGGUGCAUAUCAUUAAACCAUUUAAAUUCACAAGGGAACCUUUAAUAAAUAGCAUUUUUUUAAUCUUUAAAUUUUGUAGUGCACUUCCCAUUCACUGUACUCACAUAUUUACAUACUCAGCUAUGCUCUCUGCGUGUCAGUGCCUGUUUACAUUUUUUGGCCACACAUGUACAGGACACAUGGCAGCUCCAGUCCUAGGCAUGUUUUCAUUUAGUUUUGCUAAUUUCAACAAUUGUUACAACUCCAAUACCAUAUCAUGUAUAGCAUAUAUUUUUGAAACAAUUGAGUGUUUUAGUUUUAACAUUUGUUGUGUUGUCUUGACAACUGUAGAGUUUAAAAGAUGGAAAAUCAUCCCAAUCAAUUUUUAACAACAUUUUACACAGUUUCACAACCUUUGUUGAAUUGGGGUUUCAAAGGCUUAAAUGUAGCUAGCUAUUUUUUACUGUACUUUCUCAAUAACACACCAUACCAAUGGGAAUUAUUGCAAAUUUAGUCGAUCAGCUAUUUACUCCUGUCUCUGCUGCCAUGUUGGCUGUCACAUCCCCUCUGUCUCUGCUAUGCUGCCUCUACUGCUCAUGUGUAUACUGCCAUUUGCGACCAUGUCUCAUUAAUUUUGUAGGAUAUGCACAGUGGAGGCUCCAGACAGAUGAACACGGGGACAGCCAUUUUCGCAUGCAUGCAGUCGUAGUUAAAAGCAAGGCUUUAGGAUGUCCCGCAGAAAAAGACUGCUGUUAUGUCUCUGUUGGCCUCACAUAUCAUAAAGUAAUUUCCAUGAAGUAUGAAAAACUCAAAUAUAGAGCGAUAAAAGGUGGGUAGAUUUUGAAAGGUGCCAAUGAAUUUCCCUUUGGGGCUUAAUAAAGCUCUAGUAUUGUAUUGUAAAAAUGCAAAACUCUGAUAAUUCAAUCGAGUGGUAAAAUUUAAUUAGUAAAGCAAUGUAAGGAUCUGGAAAUUAUGAGGGAGUCAGUCAAGGCCAUCAGGGUUUUAUAUCAUUCAAAUUGAUUUAACAGCGGCUAUUUCAAGUUAGGCAGUUGGGCGGCCCGGGGAAUUGAGGAAGAGUACUUGAAUGAAAAGUAUGAACCCCGCUUUCCUUUUUUAAAAUUUAAUAACUGACUCAUCUCCACAUAAAGCAGAUUAUUCAUUCCAAAAACGUGUGAAAUAUGAAGAUUGUUUCUGAAACUUCAGGUUGCGGUGUAGCAUGGCAAACAGAUUACAUUAUGUGUGUUUAAAGGAAAUACAAACCUGCUCAGAUUGUAUUUUCAGCUCAAUCUGCAGGCUAUUUUCUUUCACACCUAAAGACUAUUGCUUGUGUAACCACUCUCUGGCAGUGAGUUGUGUUCAGAUUCGUCUCACCUCAUCAUGAAGGAAGAAUAUCUUGAAGCCUUUUGAGGUCACUCUCCAUAAAUGUGAAGGGAUAAAUCUCCUUGCAGAGUAAUACAAUCUUGUACGCAGGUUGGAUUAAAUAUUUGUUGUGCUUCGAGUAGGGUAAUAACAUACCUCGCUGUUCUGGCAGUCUUAUUAUUUUCGUGUGAAAAGGAUUGCAAGAUCUAUGCACCCCCACAUCCACUCACAGACCCAUGUACACCUUUAUUCCACAAAGCAUAAAAAGGAGAGACUAGUCUGCAGUGGGAAUCCUCACCCAAGCUUAAUUUGGACGAAGGCUGUGAGCUCUACAGAGAGAUACAUUAGUGUGAGAGGAUGUUUCACUUUAGGGGGAGGGGGAGUCAAGGAUGUUCUGUCAGAGAAAGUGAGAGGAAGGAGUAAAAAUCACGUACUGGAGUGUUUGUGCCUCAUUGUGUGUGUCAAAUGUGAGCACACAUACAGACAGCCGUCAUAGAUUUUAAGUUAUGCGCCCAGAAGUCCUCUCUAAACAAGAACACCUCAGAGUGUAAUAAAUUAUUGAACAGCAUGGAGGAAAAAAGUCUUAUGUAUUAUGACAGCAGGAUCAAUGAUUUGUGCACUCUGGGCCUUUCUUCUCAGGGUCUCGACACAUGCUAUGUGCAAACUAGAUACAGUACACAGGCUUCAGGAUCCCAGGGCAUUUUCAUUUCUCUUACUAUAAGGCUCCUCCUAAAGUUUCAACAUAUAGAUACAUAGGAGUUAUAAUCAACCUCAGCAGUAGAGAAUAAUGUAAAAUGCCUGCAUAUGUGUGCAUCAUUACUCUACAAUAAUGAGGUCCCAUGGGUGUGAAAAGGAAACUGAACAUUUUGACACAAAUUUUUAAGAUCACUUCUUGCUCACAAAUAUUUUUCUUUCUUCCAUUUUCCUAUAAAUAGUUGAGGAUUUUAUGAAACCCAAAACCAAGUCUCUUAGAACUGCGCUGACAAACUGAAUCUGAAAAUUCUUAGAAAUUUGAGGAGUGUUCACAUUUGCUAACAUACAAAGAUAAAAGGGGCGGGGGGUAUUAUGCAUUUUUUCAGACCCUAUAUUUCCUAUCUGAUACCUCUUUAAAAGCUUUGUGUGAUUUUUAGAUUUUUUAAAAAAGUCUCAAAUUUCUCACAGUGGUGUAUUAAAAUAUUAAUUUAGCCUCCGUCUGAAAUGCUUCAUUUUAGCUGCUGUCUCUUAAAGGCCCCCUAACAUCAAGCACCUUUUCUUUCCUCUGACCCUUCCGCUGUUUAUAACUUUUAAAUAUGUCCAAACUAUUUACUGUUGAAACACCAAGAUCAUAUCAAAUCAUUUGGGAAGUCCUUGCGAUGACCACGGCUAUUUUAUCUGACAGGAGCUACAGUUUUGUUUGAGUAAGUCCAAAUGUGGGACCAGUGCCAAAGAUAAAAAAACUGAAUUUUAGGAUGUUUUAACCAUAGACAUUAUAUACAUAGUCGCCUCAUUAUGUGCUGGAGCGUAAUCCAGCGACGCCAUCAUAUUGGAUGGGCCUCCUCACUCCAGACUCGCACAAGAGCCAAACAGAGUCAAUGGAGAACUAGCAACUAUGCCCGUAUUUGUGCACUUCACGGUUGAAUAAACCGACGCAGUAUUAAAACCAGAUCAUGUAGGAUUACAUUUCACAAGUAAGACUGAAAAAUUACUGUGGUUAUUUUGAAUAUGUGACAGUGUCCUGCAUUACAGCUACAUCUCUGUCGUUUGUAACAAACUAAAUCAGUUUGUAACAAAACCCAAACCCACUUCCACAGGUUUCUGGAAAAGUGAAAGAUGCAAAGCCUGGCUUUAGACGGGGCAUCCCUGUCUAGUAGGCCCAGUUCAAGCAACCAACAGAGCCAAAGUGUCGUGUCUGCAGAGAGCUUGUAGCUUGUGAGCUUGUGUCUGGAGUUGCUGUGGUAGCCAAGGACAUAACACCCCUUAUAAAUACUGACCUCAUUUCAAGAAGUUUCAAGAAAACUAUUUACUUGGUAACCUUCACAAACACAACAAUCCUGAAGCCAUCCUCAUUGGUUCCCCUCAUCAGAUCCGAAACUCUGGUAUAACCUGGAUAACUUUCCCUGGCAUUGGUAUUGCUUUUUUAUCAACAGCUACUAACCUUGGUGUCAGGUUUGACCACCAUCUAACCUUUGAGGCCCACAUCGACCACCCCAGCAAAAUGUCAUUUCUUCAUCUCAGAAAUAUGGCCAGACUUCGUCCCACACUCACCUCAAGAGACGCUGAGAAGCUCGUCCACACCUUUGUCUCCUCCAGACUCGGUUACUUUUAAUUUGUAAUUGUCUCUUGUUUUACUCUUACUCUGUGUUUUUACUGUUUUUCAUUCCUUUCAUUGCUUGUGUAGGACUGAGAUUUUGUAAAGGUGUGUUACAAAUAAAAUCUAUUAUUAUCAUUUAUUAUUGAUCCAAUGACUUCAUCACUUGAAUAACAGUGAUCAGUCUGCUGUACUCUCUUAUCUGGCUAUACAUCCCCUCUUUGCUGAUUCAAAAAAACAUAGAUUUUGAUCAGUGACAAAUUUACGUACCAGAUAUGUCACAAUCCACCAGAUCAGCCAAUAGAAAAAUCCAAUUGUACUAGCCUGUAGAGGGCAGCCAUCACGCAUAUUUCUAAUACAAUAUGAGGAAUUUAAAGACUUCGUACUUCAAUGUCAAGAUCAAGGUCUGAAUUGAUCAAAACUACUCCUGAAUACCUGCAUGACCUGUUUUUAAAAGUGAACUGGUGUCUUAAUGACUUUUUCAUUGUAUUUUUACCUAAAAUUCUCAUCCCUGUUUCACACCACCCACACACAUGCCCAGAAACUAUGGAUCAUAAAACUUAGCAGCUACUUAGCUUAGCAUAGCAGGCUGCCACUGGAAUUACAGUUUAAACAAAUGACAUGUAUUUUUAGAUUUUAAGUUAUCUUUUGGUUGGAAGUAGUAAAUAUAUUUUUCUGCUCAUUUGAAUUUCACAAUACACUGUUGAUUAGAAUCGCUGGUUUACAGACUGUGUUGCCCAUAAAAAGAACUGACUUUGUCUGCACUUUGAGGCAUAAAUCUGAACUUUUGCUGGAGUGACAUAUCAGUGCCAGUAGUCAACCUUUUUGUGCUAAGAUCAGUUCGCAACAGAGGGUGAAAAUAUAGCAAUCAAACCUUUACUUCAAAAGCCCAGCAAGGUUGUUUUACUAAGCUAACAAUCAGCUAGCAUGACUUCAUAGUUAGAGGGUUAUCUCUGGACCUAUUCAUUCAGAAUCGUUUUUAACCAACUCUAAACAGAAAAGGUUGAAUUGCAGGUAACAAACUGCUCUAAAAGAAGCUGUUUUUACCCAUAAAUUCUCCUCCCUUUGGUGAGUUAAUUUAGUUCCAUCUCCACCCCUGCAGUAACACUUAAUGACAAAUGAACAUUGAAUGCAAAUAAUAGAUGAAGGUUACAGCGUUUUUGCUUGUGCUUCACUAAUUGUAGAAUCACCAAGUCAUGUAAGAGAACGCUUCAGGCAAGAGCUUUUAAAACAGCGGCCUGAGCGAGUUAUGGAGGUGGCAUUUACUGUAUGUUCAAAAGCCCGAACUCCUUUAAUUAUUGGUGUACUGUUCACAUUUCUGUGGUCAGUUCUAUUAACCUUUUCAUUCAGAAAUUGACAAGGGGAUUUUGUGCAUGAAUUUAAUCAUGAAAAACAGACAAAACGAAGUCAGGACUUCACAGCUUCAGUUAGACAUGAAGUCGAGAGUAUGCUAAAAAUGGACAGCAUCUCAAAAAUGUCUAUAGAUGGCUAGAAAUAUAGCUUUUUUAAUUUAUUUAUCAAACCAUUAUUUAAUCAGGUUAGUCCCAUUGAGAUCAAAGAUUUCUUUUUCAAGGGGGGGCUGGCCAAGAAUGGCAGCAAAGCAGUUUCAUAAACAAAAACAAACACACUUAGUCUCACACAGCUCAACAUCAGCAACAAGUACAGUACAAAUAUAACGUCAGCUAAAGCAAUGGCAUACUGACAGUUUGCUUUCAAGAGAACUAAUAAUACUAUUAUUAGUCUUCAAGAGAGCUAAUAAUACUAAAAGAAAUUACAGCAAGUAAAUGUGGUAAUUAUCAUUUACAGUAAUAAAUAAAAGAGUUGUCACAGCACAGCUUUGAGGUUUUGUUUCUCACGCAGGUAUAAAAUAACUUCUUGACAUGCUACCCUGACAAUGUUGACUGAACAGAUGUCGGUCCAACAUACUGAUAACAUGCUGUGCUGAAACACCUGCAGGUAUUAAUCUUCCCUCUCGCCCUGCAGGUCGGAGAGUUUCGGGCUCACGCGGCCGAAUGGACGGCAAACGUCUCAGCCGAGUUCAAAGAGACCCGGCGGCGGCUCAGUGUUGACAUCUAUGACAAGUUUCAACGCGCUGCAUCCAUCAAGCGCAAGCUGUCGUCCGAGCUGGGCAUUAACACGUCCAUCAAUCAAGAAAUGACCCCUGGCAAGAGGACGCUGUCGGCCAACCUGUGCGAGGACAGAGAAGCUUACACCAGCCUGACUCUCUCUCUUAGUCCUGUCAGCGGGGGUCUGGCUAGGAAUGGAAGCCUUUAUCUGAAUGGCCUCAGCCCAGACUAUGCUGACCGCCGGGAGAUUGCAAUCAUUGAAAAUUUAAAAUGAGAUGCAGCGAUGAAGUGAGAUUCACCUAUCUGAACAAGUUACUGCAACAUGGAUUAUUCAUCAAGCUCUGUCUCACACAAAUACUUGUGGUGUGAUAGCUUCUAGAUUUCUAAAUCCAGUGGAGGAGCUCUUUAUGUAACGUCAGUGAUCAAGUCAAAGAAGAAGUCUGAAACAUAUGAUUGUAUCAGAGGACUGAAAGCCUAUACUGAGGUUGAAACGCAGUUGGGCAUCUUCCCACACACGCACAGACAAUACUGUAAACAUAUAGACUUAAAUACAUUCACUAAACUUAGAAAGCAAUAGAUGUGUCUGUUCUCAUCUCUUGUUGAAUCUGAGGCCCUGAAAUCUGCAUCAGAUGAAGAGGAUCCUCACGGCACAGAACUCUCCAUAAUCCACCAUGAACACUUCAUGAACAACACAGCAGUCCUGUGCAAACAAAAAUGAAUGUGGCUUUUACUUUUUGUUUACACCUCUCCCAGUGUGAUUUUAUAUGCCUUGCAUUCGUCUGUCAGUCUCCCCUCACUCGAGACGAAUGUUGACAUUUUUGUUCCUCCAUGAUUGACUUAACGCUUUUCACCCUAAGGAAUAAUCCACUUGUGCCUUACUGGAAACCAUGCUGAACAUGUGAGGAUGGUGAUGCAUGAAAGACUAGGCAACACUUUGUCUGUCCACUCAUAUUUGUUAUAUACGAGCACAGUGCCACAAAAGACAAAUAUAUGUGAGAGGUAUCUUUGAAAGUACAGACAUGGACGUUUUCCUUUCAGUAGAUCUAAGAGUGUGCAUGGUAACAGAGAGCAGAGACUGUCUCUUGAAAUAACUUGGAAAAUGUUAUCUCUCUGUCUGCCAGUGAAUCCAUUAAGUACCAGUCUUUAUGUGCUGAGAUAUUUACAUAAACCGCACAGUGCCAGGCUCCACCAUCACUCCCCAUUCUUCCCCUAUACCAAAGUGAUUUCUAUUUUCUGUCGGACAAACCAGAGAGAUCCUGAGUCUGAUCAAAGGAUCAGGAGUGCUUUCUGAAUCUAUUCCUGCUGAUUUCUAAAAAUUGAACCCACACUCCCAGCUUUUUCAUUAAGUGUAGUGUAGAGCUUGAUGUGCCAUCAUUUUCUUUUCUUCUCUUUUUUCUUUCUUUUAAACAAAUUUGAUAUAAAUUUAGGCAUGUCAGGUACAGCAGUGAUGAAAGCCCUGGGGCUGUGAAGCAUAAAGAACUGUCAGUACCAUAUUGAUUUUCAUGAUGUUAUAGCUCUCUUCAUUACCUUUAGAUAUCAAAUUUGUGAAUUUCUACAGCACAUGAUGAUAAAAAUGAGAACUAUUACUUUUUCAUUUUAUUUUUGUUGCCAAUACUGAAUGUACACCAUCAGUAACCUCUAUUUACUGUGAAUCACUGCUGUGACUAAAUUGCCCCGCCUUUAAGAAGUCUGGAAAGCAGAAUUUUUUUAUUUACGAUCAUAGAAAUGGUUUGAAUGUCAUUUAGGCACAAUAAAUAUCUCACUUUAGUUCUUGAUACUGAA